CAACCAUGCUCUCGUUCGCCCUGCUCACGUGUGCGCUUCUCGUGCCGUCGGUGCUUGGCAGCUACGACCCAAUCGCGCUCGAGGCCGAGCUCGCAGAGUGGAAGGCGAGCCGCGCAGGCAGCAUUGCGCGCGCUCACGGCUUCUUGAAGAGCGACGCUGACGACGAGCUCCGUCGCUUUUACGCCACCAAGAUGGACAUUGCGCGCCUCAACGUCCUGCACCCGAACGCGCACUUUUCGCUCGACUCGCCGUUUACGCUCCUCACGGUGCCCGAGUUUGCGGCCUAUGUCCGGUCGUCGCGACCGGCGCCGCGUUCCAAUGCGCGCACCUCGGAUGCAAACAGCACCACGGUGCUGCCGGCAACCAUCGAUUGGACAAAAAAGUCCUCGUGCGUGAGCGCAGUGCAGCAGCAAGGGAACUGCGGGAGCUGCUGGGCAUUUGCGACCGUCCUCGCUUUGGAAAGUGCCACGUGCCUGGCUUCACCGACCAACGCGCUCGUCAAGCUCUCGGAGCAGCACCUCACGAGCUGCGACAAGGCGUCCGGAAACUUGGGCUGCCAAGGCGGGUAUCCCUCCAAAGCCAUCGAGUACAUCGCCAAGAACGGCUUGUGUCGCGGGAAGGACUACCCAUAUGUCUCGGGGACCUCAGGCAACGACGAGACGUGCACAGCGACGAGCUGCGUGCCAACGCGGACGACGUCGCUCCAAUCGGUGGCCGUGCCCGUGGGCGAAGCAAGCUUGCAAGGUGCUGUGGCGCGCCAGCCCAUCAUCGUCGGCGUCGCUGCUGGCAACGAAGAGUGGAAGCAGUACAAGAGCGGAAUCCUCGCCUCGUGCUCGACGACCGACUUGGACCAUGCGGUUGUGGUCGUCGGCUACAGCGACUCGGCAAAUGGCGCCUACUGGCGCAUUCAAAACUCGUGGGGCGUCGGCUGGGGCGACCAUGGCUUCAUGCAGCUGCAGCGCGCGGCGACGCUCAACGGCACCUGCGGCGUUGCGUCCGACGCGUCGUACCCUUCGCUGGCCUAAUUGCAUGCUGCAUGUAAACGCCUAAUUUGAUACAUUUCGA